AACGAACGGAACGCAACGCCCAGCAGCUCGCACCCAAAAUAAUUAAAUAAAGUUAAAGCAACGCAGAGCCGAGAGUCCGCGCCAAACGAAAUCGAAACACAGAUUCUCUUUUACUGCAAUAAAUUAACGGAGAAAUACAAAUAAUAAAAACGCGCGCGCGCUUCAACAGUCUGUGCCAAAUAACGAGAUAAAUGUGCAGCAACCGCGAGAAAUAUUAAUACACCAACUUAUCUGCUCUUCAUAAAGUGAAGGAAUAGCUAUAAAGCCAAGAAAAAGUUUAUAAAUCAUACAUAAUUGUACGCGAGUGCUGUUUUUAAUACAAAUAUUAAACAAAUACAGUGGCAAUUCAGUGCAAUUGAUACCAAUGAGAAAUGUGACUAACCAAACCAAGGAAAACCGUUUGAUAAAUACAAUUAAAUAAGGAAAAGUGCUAAAUACCGGGGAAAAAGACCAAAUAAUAAGCGCCCAACGGUGAGCAGCAGUUUAGCAGCAGUCCAGCAGUCCGAGCAGAAGUCACCAGCAGCCAGCAGCUGGUCGUAACCCCCAAUUCAUCAUCCAUCCGACGGAGCAAAGCCAAUCGCCAGGAUGAGCAUCAUUGACAACGGCAAGUACCGUUUGCGCAAGGAUUGGGCCAGUGCCUCCAUCCCAUCGCUGGUCAAUAUUGAUGAGCACGAUGGCGACUCUGGGGACACGGAGAGCAGCCUGAAUGCCACGGCCCCGUUGCCGCCACAGAAGCCUCCGAGGCGCAGCUCCCUAGCUCUGGGACUCUUCUCCAGCAAAUCGGACAAGAGCCAGAAGCGUCGCAGCUCGAUUGCUGUGUCCUUUCUGCGCCGUGAUAGUAGUAAGAACUCCACCAAAGACUCGUAUGAAUCAGCUGUCCGCAGCGAGAAAUCCGAUGGCUCUGGCACUCCCACCAGUCCCGAUAUCGUUUACAGCUCGGAGGAGAAUAUCCGGGCUAGUUCACCCAAUGAGCCAGGCAAACAGACCUUCUUUGAGGAUGGCAGCCAGUCGCCUCGCCCGGUGCUUCAGGGAUUGAACACCUCGUACGAGGGACCCACAAAUGAUCGCCAGCGGCGCAGGCGCAGUUCGCUGCAGACCAAGCUGGACAGGCAUCGGCGCAAGAAGAUGGAGUAUAUCAACCAGCGAAGUCUGGACUCUGGAAUGAUGUGCAGUGAGUCGCAGAGCGAUUUGACCGAAAGCUCCAGCAGCUAUGCCAAUGGCAAUGGAAAUGGAAAUGGAAAUGAAAAUGACGAUGAGGACGACAGCAUUGAUCCCAGCCACGGGGAAUACUUUCCGCGUGAGAAGCGCCACUCCUGGUGGAAUAUAUUUGUGCCCGAUAAUUUCAAGAACAGGUCACGUAGGGCUAGUCAAGAUGUAUCCAGUUUGUCACGCAGCGUUGACAAUUUGGCGAUUCCCGUGCGCAGGAGCAAAUCGCGCAGCGUGGACCACGGCCUUGCGGCUCCGUUUGACUUGGACUCACUCCGCUCGAAAGUCGAGCAACGAUUCGAGAGUGUUGACAAACUAUCAAGGCAAAAGUCUUCAUUGCCCACCAUACCCACCAUUUCCUACACCGUGGGUAAUCGCGACACCCUGACCUCCGUGGCGGCCCGCUUCGAUACCACGCCCUCGGAGCUGACCCACCUCAACCGGCUGAACAGCUCCUUCAUCUACCCGGGCCAGCAGCUGCUGGUGCCGGACAAGAGUGCCAAAGACGACGCCUCCAGCAGCUCCACCAACGACCCGGACGGAGGCAGCCUAUCCGGCAAGUCCAGCCCAAUUGAGCGCAAGUUGUCCGGCGACGAGAGCCGCGAGAAAGACAUACUCGAGGGCCUACGCCCCGGAUCCCCGAAGCCGGGCCACAUUGAACGCGUGUCCAAUAGCAGCCAACAGCAGGCGGAGGAGGAGGCCAACAAGAGCGACGAUCCGGUGAUUACCCAGCGCUUCCUCAAGAUCAAUGUGCGCCACAUCACAGACGGACAGGGCGUCGUGGGCGGCGUCCUUCUGGUCACGCCCAAUGCCGUCAUGUUCGAUCCGAAUGUCAGCGAUCCGCUGGUCAUCGAGCAUGGCCCGGAGAGCUAUGGUGUCAUUGCGCCCAUGGAGCUGGUUGUCAACGCGGCCAUUUUCCACGACAUUGCGCACAUGCGAGUGGCAGGUGGGGCCGGCCAGGGCCUAGCUUCUGGCAGCGGAUCAGGCGAUACGGAGAAGCCGGAGAUCUAUUACCCGAAACCAGUAUUAGUUGAGGAGGAUUCCAAGGAGUUGUCUGAGCAGCAGCCCCUGCUGGGCGAAGAUGGCGAGGCCAGUAAAGAUCGCUUGGAUGCUGAAAUUGGAUCCUUGGAGAUUGCCGACGACCAGGAGUCGCUCUGCUCCAGCACUGGACGCGAUGGCGACGCCUUUCCCAAAGCCUUCGACCGCGAACGUGUGGACUCAUCUGGUGAAGCCAAAGAUAGCGCUAAGACUGACGCUCAAGAUGAUGAGGACAAGAAGGUCGGGUUGGGCCUCUCAAACACACGCAGCACCUUGGAGGAGCGACGCAAGAGUCUGCUGGACCACCACUGGGCCGUUCCGAGCAAAGACCGCUAUUAUUUGUCUAAUUCCCGAAGAUCAUCGGAAGACGAGGCGGACAACGAGUCCAACAUAACCGUGGAUAGCGGUGCCCGGGUCCAGGACCCUCACUCGGCCACCAGUUCGGUGAGCGGCGUGCCACCAAGCCAGCCGCUGGGAGGAGCAGCUGCUGCUGCCGCCUCAGCCGUUGGCCCCCUGCCGCCGUCCGGCAUCGAUCUGGAGCACUUGGAGCAGUUGUCCAAGCAGUCCUGCUACGACUCCGGCAUCGACAUCCGCGAGCCCGUUCCCAACGUACAGCCGAUACCAAAGAAAACCGUUUACAGUGACGCGGACAUUGUCCUCAGUUCUGACUGGGUGCCACCGAAAACCAUUGUGCCGACGCACUUUAGUGAAUCCCCGCCGCGCAGCACCAUCCUGGGCCAGAGCCUGGACGCCGGCACCGGUGGCGGGGCGCGUAAGAAGACCUCCAGCGUCAGCUUCAGCGUGGACGAUGAGGCUGCCCAACAGGCUCAGGCCCAGGCAGCUGCCUCGGCGGCAGCGACCGACAAACAGACGGAGAAGAAAAACAAGAUGCUGAAGCGUCUCUCGUACCCCUUGACCUGGGUGGAAGGUCUGACCGGUGAGGGCGGAGCCGUGCCGCCCGGCGGCGUGGGCGGCAGCCUAAACAAGUCAGGUGACACGGAGUCGGCGCCCAACACGGGCGACUCCAACCAGAGCGUAUUUUCGAAAGUAUUCUCAAGCUCGCCCAUCACUCUGGUCUCAGAGCUGGGCGGGAAUCUAUUUUCGAAAACACCGUCCGAGGACUCUGGUGGCUCACCUGUGCCGCCAUUGACUCCGCACUCGACACAUUCCGAGGGUCAUCUGACCUAUGGACGUUCCUCAAUUGGUACCUUUAUACGCCCGCACUCGUCGGAGGGCACUUCGUCCAGCACCAAGCUGAAGGAGGCCAAGCAGGCACCCAAACUGGACUACCGCUCCAUGGUUUCCAUGGAUGACAAGCCGGAGCUCUUUAUCAGUGUGGACAAACUCAUACCACGCCCGGCCCGAGCCUGCCUCGACCCACCAUUGUAUCUGCGCCUGCGCAUGGGUAAACCCAUAGGCAAGGCCAUACCGCUGCCAACCUCUGUCAUGUCUUAUGGCAAGAACAAGUUGCGCGCCGAGUAUUGGUUCAGUGUGCCCAAGAAUCGCGUUGAUGAGCUCUAUCGCUUCAUAAACACCUGGGUGAAACACCUGUACGGUGAGCUGGACGAAGAGCAGAUCAAGGCGCGUGGCUUCGAGUUGAUCCAGGAGGAUACUGAGUGGACCAAGAGCGGUACCACCAAGGCCGGCAUUGGAGGCGGCAGCCAGGAUGGCGAAGAGAUUAGCGACCUGACCCGCGAGUCCUGGGAGCUCAUAAAGGCGCCGUUCGCCAAGACCUACAAGAUCAUUAAAACGGCAUCGCAUGCCGCAUCGCAUGACUUGGAAAUGUUGGGCGGCGAGGUGCUGUCCAUGAGCACAGAUGAAUAUCGCAAGACCUCACUCUUUGCCACCGGUUCCUUUGACCUGGACUUCCCCAUACCAGAUCUGAUUGGCAAGACAGAAAUCCUCACAGAGGAGCAUCGCGAGAAGCUCUGCACACAUCUGCCAGCUAGAGCCGAGGGCUACUCCUGGUCCCUCAUCUUCAGCACAUCGCAACAUGGUUUCGCACUGAACUCCCUCUACCGCAAAAUGGCGCGUCUGGAGAGUCCAGUUCUGAUUGUCAUCGAGGAUACAGAGCACAAUGUAUUCGGUGCUUUGACCUCUUGCUCGCUGCAUGUGUCGGAUCACUUUUACGGCACUGGCGAGUCCCUGCUCUACAAGUUUAACCCCAGCUUCAAAGUGUUCCAUUGGACUGGCGAGAACAUGUACUUCAUCAAAGGCAACAUGGAGAGCCUUUCGAUUGGCGCCGGAGAUGGUCGCUUCGGUCUGUGGCUGGACGGUGACCUGAACCAGGGACGGUCGCAGCAUUGCAGCACAUAUGGCAACGAGCCACUGGCGCCACAAGAAGACUUUGUUAUCAAAACACUCGAAUGCUGGGCAUUUGUUUAAGUGAAUUUCUGUUGUCAACAACAAAAGCAUAUUUAAGGAGGGGAGCGAGCCACUCCCUUACACCUACCUAUUUAAAUAAUUAUAUGUACUUGUACUAAAAGAAAACCAACAAAACAACCUGAGAACGAUGUCAAAAGCUGAUCCGCCAGAACAGUCCCACAACCACAACCACAACCAAAAACACACACUUACAAAUGGAGCAGGCGACCCUGAUCCGGUCUGAUGGAAAUGCAUGUUCUUGGAAGCUAGAUGCUGCGUUGGAACGUAUUAAUUAUUUAGUUUUUAUAUUACAUACUAUUAAACAAAGAGCAACUAAAUUAUGUGUUAGAAUUAAACAAAAAACAAAUAACAAAAGGAUAAACGUGAGAAAACCAACCCAAAAGACAGACAAACGACACGGAAAUUAAAGCGAAAACAAUUGAGGAUAGCAUUAGCUGCACACACCCAUCCAUUCAGAGGUCAUCAUCACACAUCUCCAUGCAUUGUAGCACCACAAACUCCACACGCCACACAAACACACAUUUAAUUUAAGUUCUUAUUAUCGAAAAUUAUAAUCAUUAAAUUGUGAGAAGCAACAUACAUAUAUAGAGAGAUGCGAGCUUGCAGUCUUUGAUCUACAUCGCGUUUAGUUCUCUUGAUUGAUUUCAGUUUGAAUUUAAUUUAAUUUGUUCGAGUGUGCGGAUAAGCGAGCCCAGAAGUUGAGAAUGAGAGGAAAAAAGAAGUAAUAAAAAUAAAAAGAAUGUCGAUAUAAUUUUUAGUGCAAAAGUGUAAGCAUUUCAAUGCUAAUUGCAAGUGAAACUGAAAGCGAGGAAAACCCUUAAACGAUUUGACUUUUAUAUACAUGUAGAGGAGGAGCCGACGAAAGGAGCUGCUGAGAGCGAGCGUUAUAUUUUUUAGUUGUACACCGAUAUACAUAUAUUUAAUUACGAUUAUUUUAAUGCUAAUGAUGUUGACUUUUAUGCAAUUAUACUAAAAAAAAAACAGAAACAACACCAGAAUGAAAUACAUAAUAUUAUACAACAAAACUGGCCAAAGCAGAGGUUUUACUUCACCCCAAAAAGACCCAUUUAUUCGCUUGUAACUACACACAUACAUAUAUUGUGCCGCCCGCCCCCAUAGGUGUGCUAUAAUUUUUUUAAUUAGAAAGGGUCCCAGAGCCGUCAAGAUUUGUAGAUAAGUAAGUUUUCCCAACAGAUAUAUCCGGUCACUCACACCCUUACACACGUGUAUACACUAUAUUUCCGCAGCAGGAUCAGAGCAUCGGGGGGGAAGUGCUGCUGCUGUUGAAAGUGGUUCUGAGGAGAUCGAGAUCAAACCAAACAAACUUAAAUGGCUUUAUAUCCCUUUUGAGAUACAAUUUCAGUAUAAUUAUAAAUAAAUUAUAUACAUACAUACAUAUAAUAUAUAUAUAUAAAUGUACAAUGGUAGAAACGAAUCUAGGUAAAUGUAAGUGUAAUUUUUGUAGUGAAUUUGCGCCCCCAUCCGAACUUUCCUUCAGUCGAUGUGUGUGAUUGUAAACGUUGUAACAACCUCCUCUAAAUAUUAGAAGAAAACCAAAAAAUAAGAAACACACACACACACACAAGACGCGCUGGAUGAUAAAUGUAUUUGAAAGAACAAACGAAACAAAAUUGCUGAUAUUUUACACAGAACAGAGUUCGAAACUAACAAACAAAAACAAAAAAAUAUAAAGUAUAUAGAACAUUUCAUUUCAUCGGAGUAAAAGUUUAUACUGAUUUAAAAGGAUGAACAAAAAAUAACAAAAUAACUCAUAAAGCCAACGCACACGAAACAAGAAAACAAUUGUGAAAUCGAUGAAUAUUGAGUAACUGUAAAGAUAAUCCCAAGCCGUAACCCAGAGAAUCCUCUUUAGCACGCAACAAUUUAGAGAAAUUUAGAGCUGAUACUUUGCACGCACCGCCCCUUAGUCCCAAGACAAAAAAAAAAGAAUUAAGAUAUAUGGAAAUAUACAUAUGAAAAAUGAAGUAAAUGGUGAACUAUAUUGGAGACUCACGACAGAUGUUUUUAGAUGUUAUUUAAACGAUCUUGACAGACAAUUUUUGUGUAGUUGUGUGUAAGUUGAUAUGCAUGCCCAACCACACACCCAAAGUAUAAUUAAUCAAAGGCAAUAUAACAAUAAGAUGCCUAACGCCCUAAUGAUAUACAAAUACAUAUGUCCAGGGAAGAAAUUCAAGCCAUCUCGCUUGAAGGCUUAGAAAUAUAAAACUCUAAAAAAUCGUAUGACAUUAAGCAUCUUAUUAUUAUACAGUCUUUGAUAUAAUAUAUUAACUCCCCCACUCAACAACACACAUUAAACCCAAAUGAGAAUCAAGUUGAAAUUCCUGUUGUUGUAUUGUGAAAACGGAAGACUUUCUUUUUAGGACUUUAGAGAGACAGGCUUGUUUACUGAGCAAAAAAA